GGCGGGCGGGUGCGGGUGCGUGGGGCGGGCCGGUGCCGGUGCGGGUGCCCGCUGGCGGGGCGGGCCGCCGCUCUCCGUGUGCACCGACCACCUGAUCCCGCUCCGCCCGCCGCAGCCGCAGCCGCAGCCGCAGCCUUUGUGCGCGGCGCGGGGCGGCGCGGGGCGGCGCGGCCCCAUGAGGCGGUGAGGCGGCGGCGCGGGAUGGCGGCGGGCGGCGGCGGGCGGCCGCCGGGCCCCGAGUCCUCGCUGGAGCCCUACGUGCAGACCCGCAUCUUCAAGAUCAUCGUGAUCGGGGACUCCAACGUGGGCAAGACCUGCCUGACCUUCCGCUUCUGCGGGGGCACCUUCCCCGAGAAGACCGAGGCCACCAUCGGUGUGGACUUCCGGGAGAAAACGGUGGAGAUCGAGGGGGAGCGCAUCAAGAGACAUCUCCCGAGCUCCACGGCUCCGCUGGUUGCUCGAGUCUGCAGGGAGUCCGGAACAAUAGCUCGGGGUGAAAUACUGCCAUUGUCCUGUUGUUCCGACACCCGGCACAGGUGGAUCUCCAAAGUGUCGGGACCGCCUCCGGCUCCAGGAGGUGGACCGCAGGACCGCGCGGGGCGACGCUCCAGGGGCGCCGGAGGACUGAGCCGGAUGCAGAAACGCGUCCAGGUGUGGGACACAGCUGGCCAGGAGAGGUUUCGCAAGAGCAUGGUAGAACAUUACUACCGCAACGUGCACGCCGUUGUCUUCGUUUACGACGUCACGAAGAUGACGUCCUUCACCAACCUCAAGAUGUGGAUCGAGGAGUGCAACGGGCACGCGGUGCCCCCCCUCGUGCCAAAGGUGCUUGUUGGGAACAAGUGUGACUUAAAGGAACUGAUCCAAGUGCCAUCCAGCAUGGCCCUGAAAUUCGCCGACGCGCACAACAUGCUGCUGUUCGAGACCUCAGCCAAGGACCCUAAGGAGAGCCAGAACGUGGAGUCCAUUUUCAUGUGCCUGGCCUGCCGGCUGAAGGCCCAGAAGUCGCUGCUCUACCGAGACGUGGAGAGGCAGCAGGGCAGGGUGCAGAAACUGGAGUUCACGCAAGAUGCCAACGGUAAAAACUCCUGCCCGUGCUGAGCGAGCCGGCUCGGAGGGCCGAGCGCGGGGCCGCCGCGCCGCCUCCCCGUGUCACUGUUACCAAUAAAGUCUGUGUGGCUGCAA